AUCCGGCCAUCUGUGCAGGACAGGGCUCUGUUGUAAUUCUCGGGUUCCACUUCCUCCCAGCCAAUUUUAGCAGAUUCACCCCAAAGUUACCGUCCUGUCCUCGCCGGUACCGAGCCGAAGACGACGACAUGAAGCUGCCCGUGGCUUUUCUUGCAGUUCUUGCCUCAAUAGCGAUGACAAUUGACGCUACAGUCUACUUCAAGGAACAGUUUCUGGAUGGAGAUGGAUGGCAGGACCGCUGGGUCCAAUCCAAGCACAAGUCUGACUACGGUGAAUGGAAAUUGACAUCAGGGAAGUUCUAUGGAGAUGCUGAAACAGACAAAGGUCUUCAAACCAGCCAGGAUGCCCGAUUUUAUGCUGUUUCUGCAAAAUUUGAGCCCUUCAGCAAUGAGGGAAAGCCCCUGGUCAUCCAGUUCACAGUCAAGCAUGAGCAGAAGAUAGACUGUGGAGGUGGUUACGUCAAGGUCUUCCCUGCUGACCUUGAUCAGAGUGCCAUGCAUGGAGAUUCUCAAUACUACAUCAUGUUUGGACCUGACAUCUGUGGCUACAGCACCAAAAAGGUCCACGUGAUCUUUAACUAUAAGGGCCAGAAUCAUCUCAUCAAGAAAGAUAUCAAAUGCAAGGAUGACGAGUUGACUCACCUUUACACCUUGAUCCUGAAUCCAGACCAGACCUAUGAGGUAAAGAUUGACAAUGAGAAAGUGGAGUCUGGUUCUUUGGAGGAAGACUGGGACAUGCUGCCCCAAAAAAAGAUCAAGGACCCUGAGGCUAAGAAACCCAGUGACUGGGAUGACCGUGCCAAAAUUGACGACCCCACUGAUACCAAACCUGAGGACUGGGACAAACCAGAGACCAUCCCUGACCCUGAUGCCAAGAUUCCAGAUGACUGGGAUGAGGAUAUGGAUGGGGAGUGGGAACCACCAAUGAUCACAAACCCAGAAUACAAAGGUGAGUGGAAACCCAAGCAGAUCGACAACCCAGAUUACAAAGGUGCAUGGAUCCAUCCUGAGAUUGACAACCCAGAGUACACACAUGAUGCCACCAUGUACAAGUUUGACAAUAUUGGAGUUCUGGGCUUGGAUCUGUGGCAGGUUAAAUCUGGAACAAUCUUUGACAACUUCAUGAUCACUGAUGACGUCAAAGAAGCGGAGACGUUCGGUCAGGACACAUGGGGUGUCACUAAGGAACCAGAGAAGAAGAUGAAGGAGGAGCAGGAUGACAUAGAGAGGAAAGUCCGGGAGGAGGAAGAGAAGAACAAGCAUGCUGAUGAUGAAGAAGAUGGGGAGGAGGAGGAAGAGGAGGAGGAAGAUGAAGAAGGUGAAGAAGAGGAUGAAAAAGAUGAUGAAGAACAUGGGGAGGAGGACAACAAUGUCAAUGAGAAAGAUGAGUUGUAGAUUAAAGGAGACUCCUAUUCCAUCGGAAACAAAAUCGGUCCUGUGGACUCUGCUUGGGUGAAGGGACAGUGGGCUGACGUGUUGUUGUCCCUGCUAUAUCUUUUCUAAUCUCAAGAUCUGGAGAUUUUACUUGUGUCAUCUCUGUCUGUGUACCAUGUUGAAGGUGUGUGAAUGUGUUACUGGCAAUGCUGCUCAGUCCCACAUUUUUCCAAAUUAUUAUUUUUUUUUUAUGCUGCCUCUGUUGGGAUGUCUGUAAUACUGAGCAAGUGCGGUGUCAAUAAUCCAGUGUGACCCCUUUUAUAAUUUAUAAUUUAAUCAUUGCGUGUUCAUCUUUGUGCCAGACAAACUGUGACAUUACAAUCCAUGCUGUCUCCUGUGUGCAGUUUUGAAGUUUCAGUGAAUAAAUUCCUGCUUCUCUGA